AAACCUCAUUCAGAAGGAUUCGUACUAACCACUAGCAAUAAUAUUAACUCUGCAUAAUCUGCAGUUUUAUGACCUCUGCUUAAGUUUAGUUCCGUCCGCUUGUUUUGAGUUUGCGCUACUACCUGACAGACCAAACUUGGGUUUAAAAUGCAUCCGUAAGACAGGGUCGGACGUCGAGCUCGGUGACGUCAAAACAAGUUAUGUUGACAGCUAGCUUGAUGCUAGCUAGUCUUGCGUCAAGAUCAGACCCGAGUCUUAGCUAAUCCCUCACCGACUCUCGUCUUUGAUUCACAGAUGCGGUGUGUAGUUUCAGUGUGAGUAAUGCAGGAUAGGUACAGCGAGAUAGGCUUCGUCAAGCAAAUACUCGGUUUGAAUUUAGUGCCGAGGAAGAAUGGCACACACCGAGGCAACGACACUCUCAACGACUUCUCAGAGAUGUGGUACGGAGUGUUUCUGUGGGCAGCGGUCUCCUCUCUGGUCUUCCACCUGCCGGCAGCGCUGCUCGCCCUCGCCGCACUGCGCCAGCACAAGAUGGCCCGAUUUAUUCCCAUCGCCAUCCUCCUCAUGGGCAUCGUGGGACCAGUUUGUGGGGGAGUCCUCACCAGUGCAGCCAUAGCAGGUGUGUACAAGGCUGCAGGAAAGAGGAUGAUGUCUUUGGAGGCUCUAUUUUUCGGUGUGGGACAGUCAUUCUGUGUCCUCAUCAUCUCCUUCUUCAGGGUGCUUGCCACCCUUUAGCAGCGCCAAGGCCUGCCUGCCUGGCUGGCCCGCUGGCUGGCCCGCUGGCUGGUUCGCUGGCUGGCCCGCUGGCUGGCCCGCUGGCUGGCUCUGAUGCUGCCGGCUGAGUCUGACACCGGUCGCACCUUCUCUUGGCGGGACCCGAGUUUAACGCGGUACAAGACUAGCUCCCUGGCAAAUCCCGGCACCCAUGUAAACCAGUAGGGCCCGGGACAUGACGUCAUUUUCCUACUGACGGACCAAGACCAGAGCGGAUUUGAUCGAACUAUGAAAGAGCAGUGUGUAAACUGGAGGUGUGUGUUUGCAGCACUAAGCCUUCUGAAAGAUGUCCACUGUAGGACAGCACAAUGCUGCUUUCACAUCACGGGCCACACUACAUACACUUUUCUCUGAUCUUUAAAAUAUAUUGACGAUGCGCUCCCAGGGUUAGUGGCAUUUUUAAAUAUUAUUAUUAAAUAAUUAUUCAUUUAAUUAUUAAUAAUAGUUCUUCCUGUGUGGUGUGAAGGCAGCAGGAUGCUGUUCUCCCCUAUCGCUGGGGUUGCAGGUUAGCAGCAGGAUGACACUAACCUUUCUCAGGGGCUGUGUGAGUGUUUAUGUGUGUUUGUUUGUUUGUGUGUGUGUGUGUGUGUGUGUCUCUCUCUUUCACUAUCGGUCUGACAAAAGUUUGACUCAUGCAAUGACUGCCGAGAGACAGAAUAACAGGCAGGAAGAUGAUGGUUAUAUGCAAGAUUCUGGCUUUUUUUCCCUCGAGGCCUUAACUUCUUUUUUCUGACUUCCAAAGUGGUGUUUAUCUUCAGGGCUGUCUUUCUUUAACACUGUCUCCUGCUCCUUUCAUUCUGACUGCCUGUGUGUUACUGUUCAUUCUUAAUAAGUUAGAAGCACCUGCAACAUGUUCCCUUCUAGCUUUCUCAGCUAAUUUAUUUCAGACAAGCCUACAAGUAAAGAGGUUUUUAUUGAUAACGUUUUUAUGGGACACAACAUUUGAAUUUUUUUAUUCUGCCCUGCAAAUGCAACCUAUAGAAUGUCUUCAGUUGAUCAUCAUCUUGGUUGGUUGGUUUGGUUGUGAGUGAGGUAUGAACACACCAGUCCGCUCAGAUUACUCAACAAACCCCAAAAGAGUUUGUGAUGGUUUCUUUUCUCUCUUUGAAUGAUAGUAUGUUUUUACAGGUGUGUCAUUUUGGGACACUGAACUGAUUUGUAUAUAUUCUAAAUUAUUUCCAGGUCUUUGUAGCUUUUCAAUCUUUAUGACCAAAUAUGUUUUGCUGUUUUUAUUUCUCUGCACUAGAUGUAUUACAAUGUAAUACGAUGAUUGAACAGAAGUGCAGUUGUUAGUUGUCGGACUCAUCAUUUUCCCCCAGUCCUCCGUGGCUGCUUUUAGACAGGUGCUUCUCAGUCACCGUCGCACUAAUGUGCAACACACAGACAUAGGUGAACUCUACACGUAAAACUUUGACUUGUAUGAGAAAAAAGAUGGAGCUUACAAGUGAUGCUGUUUCUGUUUUAACAACUACUUACUGUAGUAGUGAUUUACACUAGCUGCUGACGCCACUACCAGAAAUGUAUUUACUGUUGGCCAGUUCUGACAGGAGUCACUUUUCCAUUGGUUUUGAUUUUAUUUUUGUAUCUUUUGUCUUGAUGAAAAGCUGCUUCUGUAAAAACUACAUCAAGAAAUGAUUUGGCAUGAGCCAUACACAUGUGGUUUCAUUGAAUUUGAUGAAAAUGUCUUCCCUGGACUAUAGACGGGGCUAGGUGAAGCCGCUGGAGCAGGGGUGUCAAAAUCAACUUGACUAAAAAUGGAAAAUGAGUCACAUCCAGGGCCAGACAUGUAGAGUUUAUUGAAAUGCUUUUAUUUAAGUGAAAAGGUAAAAUAUUUUGACUGUAUUAUUGCAUGUCUCAUAUAGUCUUCUCACAUACAAUUUGGUCUGCAUAAAGCCCUGAAAAAGUCAGCAAAAAAGUUCCUUAGCCAUCUCAGAAUCUUGCUUUAAUGGUGCAUAACUUCAGACAAAUAUGCAAGUUAUCAAAAAGAACCACGCAGAAAUAACCACACAGUGACCCUGGAGCUUUUGAGGGUCUGGGGCUGUUGCCGGUCCCAAAGAUCCAGGGGGCCAGACGCAUAGAUCUAAAGAUUCACAACUAAAACUGUUUACGCACAAAGACAGAAAUGUGCAGACAUGUUCUUUAUGGCGCACGUACGCCACAUUCCAUUUUCAUAAAGCUGUCGUUGUGAAGCAGACUUUACAAAGUGCUUCCCAAUGCAGGAUUACAUGAAAAGAUCACCAACGGGGAGAUGAUGCUCAAAUGUAAAUAGAGUGAUAAAACUCAUCACUCAUAAAUCUUAUCAAUGCACCUUUGAUUGACGUUUAACAGAACGCUGUGCUGACUGCAAAAAUGAUAACAAUCGGGUAUAUUGUCCAAUAGCCUGAACAAUGUUUUACCAUAAGGUUACAUCCUAAUCUCCUUACCAUAUGGCCCACAGCUAGCUCUAGAAAACGGUGUGUAUGCUGGUCUGAGGUCUGCGUGAGGUGCUUCUUUUAGAAAUACCAGGUGAUGUGUGGGAAAUGGUGUAUGCAUGUUUUUAUGCUUAAACAUCCUUUAAACAUCUGGCCCCAGGUAGAGUCUGUGGAGUGGAGUUGGAGUCUUUCUGUCAGUUUCCUGCUUCGUGGUUUAUUUUAUUUCUGGUGCAGAUUGUUUUGCACAUUCCAAUUGGAAAUAUUGUUUUCCUAUAUUUUGCAGUGUGUGCCAUUAUAAUCUUCAUGAUCCCAGGAUUGGGAGUAAAGAGAGAGCAAACUGCAGAUUUUCGUAUAACCCCAAAAAUAAUUUCUUUAACCCUUCAAACCAAAGAUGGCUUGAAAUUUCUAUUUCAUGUACUUCACUAGCUACACUUCAGUUCUGUUACAUCUGAAGGAAUAGUCUCACAGUGCAUGUAGAGCAACAAAUCAAGAAUGUUUGACUCCUGUUUAGUUCUGGGAAGUACAAUCUAUAAAACUAUGAAAGUAGAUUGUAAGGACAAGGCUACAGCCGUUCAGCACCCCUGGGACCGACAACGGGACAAGAAUAGUUUCAAACUGCUAGUUAGGUGAAGACUUUAGAGACCAACAGCAAAGGCUAUUUUUUGCCUUUGUCUUCUUGUAGAAACAUUUUAAUGGUGGGUGUUUUAGAGCCUCAAGAGAUUUCCAGCCACACCACGCCACUAACUUCUUCAGAUUUGUAAUUUCAGUGUGAAGAACUCAGUGUGUGGCAUCGUAUUUUGGGAAGUGCACAGCCAUUAGAGGCGAGUGAAAUGAAAGUUACAUUAUUGUUCCUACAAAGACUUGGUGACGGCGUGAAAAAAUCCGAGCACCUCACUGAAACGGGCUGAUGCAGAAACAAAUGAGCCUUGUUUGAAACGAGCCCUUGGCCUUGCUUUUACGCUGUAUGUUUUGGAGAAUGUUUGUUUAUUUUUUUAUGGUUGUGUAAUUUAGCUCUUUGAGAAUAUGUGUGUCCUCUCUGGUUCUGUUACAGCAGCACAUGUUGGCGUGGAUAAAACUUUGACAUUGACAACUUUAGUCUGGAAAUGUUCAACAAUAAGGGUUGCCCGAUGGCCCGGGGCGAGUAAAUAUAACCACGCACUCGCCCCGUUCUGUUGAUCUUCUCAUCCGACCCAUGUUAAGACCGUAACCAUGAAUUCCACGUGUUGUACUCUUGUAUCGAGAGAAAAAGGUCAGAGGUCAAAAGCAGUAAAUGUCCAGGCACACAGACGAGGCCGUCUCAGAGUCCUUCACAUCAGACUCCCAGAUGGAGUGGAAGUCCCCGUGUAAAUGUUCUAGAAGCUACUUAACGCAGGAGCAUAAACCAGGCAAGAGAAUGUUAAUUCACAAAGUGUUAAGCCAACACUAAAAGAACAUUAAGUAACACUAAUGAAGUAGCUGCCCUCUGAUUGGUGCAUAUGCCAGGCUUAUUUCUCCUAAGGAAGGGGAAGGAAACAGUGGAAUAAUAAAAAUAUUAAUGCUAAAUUAAACUAAUGAGAUAUCAAGUUCUAAUAGUUUGACUAAUCUGACUCAGUGACUCCCGUAACAGACAAAAACAUUGUGUAGUCUGAACCCGGCAUUAGUUUGGGCUAGCUGGACCUUAUAAAUUGCCUAAACUGGCAUGUCAACAUUGACACAUGUUGAGAGAUCAUCAUUUUGAUGAAGUCCUAAUUUUGACUAUCCCAAGAAUUUAUUUUAUCAUUUAUUUUUAUCAUUCCCUACAUUUUUUUAUUUCUACCUGGUGUUUAUUUUUCUGGCAGAGAUGGGCUUCCGUACUUGCAGUUGUCCCGUACAAUCAUUUUGAAAAUUGUCAUCAAGCUCCCUGACUCCUGGGAUGUUCUUUUAAUUACAAUGAAUUUUUUUGCCGGGUGUAUUGAUGCAAAUGAUUUUGGACCCACAGCCAAGUUAUGUAUUUACAUUACAUAUGUCAAAGUAAUGCUCAGUAUCUGCUGUAAUAGAACCAUUUAUCUCCACAUUCCUGGACUGAUUUUGUUCCGUUUUUAGCAAAUGGAAAUUGUUUUAAAAAUUGAGUAAAUUAAGUGCCAAUGGUUAAUAUUUUCAUGGAAUAAAAAUGUUUCAACUAUCA